AUGGUGUGCAUUGAGGUGGUUCUUGGUAGUAAUCUUGGUAGGGUUAUGGUGGUUCUAAAGGUUCUUGCUCAUGAUGGUUACAAGGAUGUGCUGUUUGGUUGGGAGGAGCGGGAGAAUUGGCUUUGGCUUUGGCGUCAGCUUGUUCCAGAAAAGCAUAAGUUUUUGGCUUGGUUGUGUCUUAAGGAGGUUCUUUCUACUGCAAGUUUUCACUUUAGAAGAGUGAUGUUGUCAUCAGAUAGGUAUCCAAGAUGUCUUUCUAGCCAGGAGUCAGUUUUACAUUAUAUUCGGGAUUGUCCAAAAGCUCAGCUUGUCUGGCAUAGGUUGGAUAUUUCUUGUCAUCCUUUGGAUUUGAAGAACUGGUUCUUGUAUCAUAGCAGAGAGCAUCCGUUCAAGUUCUUUUCGGGACUUUGGUGGAUAUGGCGAGUAAGGAAUAAUGACAUCUUUAAUCCUCAUGAAACUUGGCCUCCGGAAAAAGUGAUUUGUCUAGCAUUAACUUCAGAAAAGAAGCUUAGGAAUAUUUUUGAAUUACAUCGUAUAUCCCUUCCCUCUACUCUAAAUGGUUUUUGGAAUCUCCCAUCCAUUGGUACUUUUAAGAUUAAUUGUGAUGCUAGUUAUUUUGGUUCGGGUGAUAGUGUUGGUUUUACUUGUGUUAUUAGAGAUUGUAAUGGGAGUUGGCAAAUGGAGUGUUUGGGAAUGAUUGAGAGGAAUAGUAUUCUUCAAAGAGAAUUGUUUGCUAUUUGGAGAGGAUAUCUCUUAGCUUGGGAUGUGGGUCAACGAGAUGUUAUUUGUGAAAGGGAUUGUGUGGAAGCAUUUAAUCUUAUUACUCAAGAUGGUUUUGGGUUUAUUGAUCUAUUGAUACUCAAAAUAAGAGAUAUCAUGUAUUGGAAUUGGCGUGUUGACUUUUGUUUGAUUAUGAGAGAUGCAAACACGGUGGCAGAUACUAUGACAAAGAUGGCGAUGAAGUUACAAUUUUCACAUGUGGAGCUUCUUUUACCUUGGGAGGAGUUUAAGAGUAGUCUUAAACGAAACUGUCCCUCCAUUUAA